UGUUCCAAUGAGGCUCAACGACAGCUAGCUGCUAGCAAACAAGUUGCUGAGCCCCGGAUAGCUAACAAACUGUUGCGGUAGUUAGAUAUAUAUAUGGCGCCGAUGUAAAGGGUGGGGGUAGGGCUGACAACGCGUGGAAGAUCGAGUGAACAUGCGGAUAUGUGACUGCACUUAGGAAAAUCUGAAAAUGGACAAGUCCCAACGGGGCAAACUGUCCGCUGCUAUCCAGCCUCGUGACCAUAACCAACGGGGGAAAGAGCCUGCUGAGCCCCACACAGACACUCCACCAACUCUGAUGUUACUAAAUCCACAUGUGUCUGAUCCGAGUUUCAGAGGGAACACAAGGAGUUCAGGUCUGAGCCCAAAGCAGCAAACGGCGAAUACAAAUGGGGUGCCAGCAGGAAAAGGGGUAGAUGUGUCAAGGAGCCACGGCUACAGCAGCAGCCGUCGGGUUAGAGAGACCAGUGAUGGUUUCCUGCAGAGAGACAGGACCACACGGGGUCCUCACGCUGAGACAUCAAAAGGCAAUCAUGGCUCUCCUGCUCAAGGCAAAGUUAUGGGCAAGAUCUCACUGGAUGCCCAGAAAAAAGGUUAUAGAGGUGCCAGAUCUCUCUCGAACUCUGCGGGGAAGUCAAAACCAUCGCAGGCAGACUUUGUCCCAUUUGAAGUGAAGAUGACUGAUUUCCCAGAGUUAGCUGGGGGUUCGCUGGGCAAAGCACAACCUCCUCUUACUCAGAAAGAGAGCUGGGGUCCAACUCCUCCAUCACCGAGCCCUCAAAAGCAAACAUCGGCAUCUUCCUGGAAGUCUGUUAGGAGAGGAUGCCCAACACAAACUGACCCCCAACAAAUUGCCAAUACUGCCGAGCCAGAUCCUUCUGCUGCGGCACCAGCUCAGCCUUUGGGGAAUUCCUGGGCUAAUGUUGCCUCUCAGCCUCCAAAGAAACCUGUUCCUAAAGAGAAGACAACCAGCAGCAAGCAGACGGAGGAAAUGUCUGCACAGCAGGAGGAGGGAGCUCCGGGGAAGAAAAAACGGAAGAAAAAGAAGAAGAAGGCUAAAGGUGCUGGUGAAGAUGCAGAAUAUGAGUCGGAAGAGCCAGCAAUGUAUCAGGAGCUUCCAAAAUUUGAGGAUGAAGAGGAGUUUCCAGGCUUGACUCCUACUCUGACUGUGACUGAUAGACGGAUAAGCAGCUAUGCAGCAAAACUAUGCAAUGAGGAAAACCAAAGAGAAGGUGACCACACCAAGGAAAGAGCACCUGCAGCAAAAACUCAGCCCACAGAGAUGGCUAAGAAAGGACAGAAAGCUGAAAAGGUGUCCGGGAAGAAAAGCAAAGUUCCUGUUCAGCUGGACAUUGGAAACAUGUUGGUCGCUCUGGAAAAGAAGCAAUCUCAAAAAGCAAAGCAGGACGCCAAACCAAUCAUUCUCUCAGUCGGUGGCGGACUACCUGCGGUCCAGAAGCAACCAUUAGUCCAGAAGAAGCUGCCCUGGCAACAGGAUAAAAUUGCACACAAUCCUCUGGACUCCACCAGCCCGUUGGUAAAGAAAGGCAAGCAGAGAGAGGUGCCCAAAGCCAAGAAACCCACUCCUCUCAAAAAGGUCAUUUUGAAAGAAAGGGAGGAGAGGAAACAAAAACGUUUGCUGGAUGAGAGAGGACUGCUGCCUGAAGAUGAGGUCAAACCUGCUGAUGAUGAUGAUGAUGCUGCUGCAGAAGAAGUAGAAGAGCCGUGUGAAACAAAUGCCACAGCCUCAGAUGAGGUUGGAAGUCCUACAGAAGAACUUGAUGAUCCGUCAGAGUUUAACGGCACAAACCAGGAGGUGAGAGAGGGCGAUGAAGAGACCGACAAAGAUGAAAUCAUAGAGCCACAACCCACCUCACCUGUGCCCUGCCCAGCCAGUCGACCCAAAAUCCACAGCAGAAAGUUCAGAGACUAUUGCAGCCAGAAGCUGAGCAAAGACGUGGAUGAAUGUGUGACGGCUCUGCUAAAGGAGCUGGUUCGUUUCCAGGACCGCCUGUACCAGAAGGACCCCAUGAAGGCCCGCAUGAAAAGACGCAUCGUGAUGGGGCUCAGAGAGGUUCUGAAGCACCUCAAACUCAGGAAGGUCAAGUGUGUCGUCAUCUCACCCAACUGUGAACGCAUCCAGUCCAAAGGUGGCCUGGACGAGGCUCUUUACACCAUCAUCGACACUUGCCGGGAACAGGGGGUGCCAUUCGUGUUCGCCCUCUCCAGGAAAGCGUUGGGCCGCUGCGUCAACAAGGCCGUGCCCGUCAGCCUGGUGGGCAUCUUCAACUAUGAUGGUGCACAGGACUUCUAUCAUAAGAUGAUCGAGUUGUCGUCCGAGGCCAGGAGAGCCUACGAGGUGAUGGUGUCGAGCCUGGAGCAGACAGGCCAGGCAGAUGCAGAGGAGGCAGAGAACAUUGAGGGAAAGCUGCAGAUCAGCAGCCUGGCGGAGGAAGCUGAGCCCGGUCCUGACACCACACAGCCAGAGGAACCAGAGUACAUAAAAAUGUGGAAGAAAAUGUUGGAGAAGGAUUGCAACCACAAAUUUCUGAACUUUGAGGAGCAGAUGAGCUCCAUGCACUUGGACAGUGUGUGGGCUGAAAACACUGACGAAGAUGACAAGAGUUGACAGUGGCAAAUCCCUCUGUGCCUAAACGAUGCAUGAAGCCACUCUCGCUGAUCACCAGUUUAGAAUAAACUCGAAUGGACUUAAUCCCACAUGCAGAUAAUGCAAGCUGCUCCGCUGCAGUGGUCGUCAACCUGAAGAUUUGUUGUCAGGAAAUCAAUUAAGUUGCUAAGGUUUACAAUGAAUUAUGUUUUUGGUUUUUUUUCUUGUUUCUUUUAAUUGACUGCACUCAAAUAAUACAUCAAGCUUAACUAAUGCUUCUUUGUUUUAGUUCAAGAUAAUUGAGUAAAGCUCUGUACUUUAAACUGGAGAGGUUUAAUCACCGAUUGUUCAGGGACUAAACCACUCACUUAAAGAUGUCCCACACUAUGAGCCUUCAACCAUGUUGUCUGUGAACAAGACGAGAGUGUGUGCAGGGCUGCAUGUACUGAAAGUGUGUGUUCACCAUCCACCAGUUAGACAGCACGAAGACAUUCUCACUGCAGCCUUCUGCCCUGGAGCCAUUAUGGUGCAUUUGAAGAUUUUAUCUCGUCAAUCCCGUGAAGUUUAAAGUAUUUGUAUUGUCGCUGGCCUCUUUGCCCUUUUUUUAAAAAUUUAGGACAUUAGAGAGACGAAGGAGGAGAUGGAGGGAGAGAGAGAAGGUUGAUGACAUGCAGCACAAGUCCCCAGAGGCAUUGCGUUUACUUGGACAGGGCUGAUAUGGACUCAAAUAAGGACCAGUAGGAUUUUGAGUUUUGUAAAAUGAUUACUUAAAAUUAAAAAAAAAAAAAAACUGGUAUGUGUAUGGAGUUGUAACUUCAGAGUUGCAUAUAGUGUGGGAAGUUUGAGCACUGAGGUUCACACACAAGUAUUUUGCUUUUGAAGUUGCUCUCAGAUGCUCACUAAACCACUUGUUUGCGUAACUUUAGCGUUCAUAUCAUUUGUGACCAAACUUAAUUUCACAUUCACAACGUGGUUUUUCACAGAUUUACAAAAGGUGAUAAACUUAUUUCCGUUCAUCACUUCACAAACUCAAAAUACGAAUUGAACCUUAUUUGACCCGUCGGCCACCACGACACUAUUGUUGAGUUUAGAGUUGAACAUGUUUUAGUUUUUUGUUGUUGUCCUGAUUGCACUUCAUUGUAGAGCCCGUGUUUUUUUGUUUUUAUUUGUACGAGACUACCAAAACAUGUCAUGUCGUACUACGUGUGAUAGGUGUAAAUGGUAUCGCAUUUUACUUUCUUUUAAUAGGAAAGAAAAAAAGCAAAAUAAUGUUAGGAAAGCAUGAUUUUUAUUUGACCAUGUUAAAAAAAGCUAUAUUGGGAUUUUUUCGUGUUGAUCCACGUGGUGAGGAAUAAGAAACUAUAAAAUAGCAAAACGAUAAAACUAAUUACAGUAAUCUAAAGUGUUAGGUGGCAAUAUGAAUAAUUUAAAAAAAAGCAAUAAAUGAACAUUUUAAAAUGGUCAGAAUUAAUUAAAGCAGAUGACUGGGAUUAAGUUUGUAUAGGAGGGAAGAUACUUGAUUGUGACCUAAUGAAAAUCGUAUGUAAAUCUUAUUGUUAUAGGAAGUUGGAAUAGGAUUGGGUUCAUGUGAGAUGGACCUAAUAACAUGCUACAGGAAGCAGGAGGAAGAUGGUCGUUGGGAUGUCGACGAGACAUUUUGACACCUUAACCCAGGAACUAAUGGCUUUAGUUAUUUCCUGCUAUUUAAUAAGUCUCUACACAGUCUCACAUUUCAUAUGAAUCCGACAGUAAAAGUGUGACAUUUCUGGGAUAUAUAUAUAUGCCCAUCCGCUUUCUAGAUGAUAAGAUGACACCGCUCUCAAAUCAGUUUUAUUAUACGACUACAGCCAGCAGCUGGUUAGCUUAGCAUAACACUUUCAAAUGAGCACGGCCUAUGAGCACCUCUUGAGCCGGCAAGCAAUCACAUUAUAUGUUAUUUGUUUUAUCAGAGCAAAAAUAACUAUAUGUUUGUUUGUGUAUGUGCCCCAGAGAGUAUUUCUGGGCUCUUAGCAGUUGAAGAUGACUGUUUUCGGUAAAAAAAAAGAAAAGAAAUUAUCCCAAGAAAAAUAUUCCCCGUAAAAUGGCAGAUCGUCAUUGUUUAUUUUUUCUCUUCAAGUUUUAGUUAAGAUCAAACAAACAAAAUAGCGUGUGCUAAUUAGCUCAGACAUGUGAUUGAUAUCAAUUUUCUCAUCUAAUCCACGAAUAAGCAUUAUUCCCCAAACUUCCAACUGUUUCUUUAAAAACUAUACAAUGGUUCAAUAGCUUCUGUGGUUAUGAGAGACCAAACUGUGAAACAAUAGGAAUUUAAAAAAACACACGAAGAUUUGAAACAAAAAUAAUGUUAAGAUGUACUUCCUGAUUUUAGCUUCUUUUUUUUAAAUAAAUCCUUGAAUAUGAACUCUGAAUGUAAAAUGGACUCGGGGCUGCAUUUCCUUGGAGAACAGAGAUACAACCAAUACUUAAAAAUAAUAAAAUGGUCUGCUGGUUCAGUUGCACGUUUGAUAGGAAAGUAAAAGACAAUGUGGAGUUGAUUAAUUUUCUUCUUCAAGCAAAAUAUCAAUGUAGAGUGUCGUCUUCAUGAAGAGGACAAAUGCAGUGUUUACUUCAAAUGAAUGUGGGUCAUUAAUAAACAAAGAAAGAUAAAACUGAUGUUUUUGGUCAUUUUAAAAUGAUUAAUAUGUUGUCAACAGAUAAUAUAGAACAUUUAAUUUCUCAUCUGAAUAAAGAAUCGUGGGAAAAUCUGAAA